AGCCGGCAGAGGCGCAGCCCCGGCGCCGCGCUCAUUGUUCCGCCCGCUCCAGGCACCAUGGACGAGCUAGACCAGUCGCCCCUGAUCUCCUCCUCCGGGCCCCCGCGGCCGCAGCAGCCUCAGUUUAACUACCAGUUCGUGCUGGACGACGAGAAGGAGGAAGACGAGGAGGAGGAAGAAGAAGAGGAAGACGAGGACUUCGACGAGCAGCUGGAGGUGAUGGAGAGGAAGCCCAUCGUGGCCACGCAGGAGCGGCCCUCGCCGCCGCAGGAUCGCAGCAGCCCUGCCGAGCCGCCCCGCCCCGCCGCGCCCGAGCCCGCGCCCGAGCCGCUGCAGCCCGCCUGGUGCCUGCCACAGCCCGCCGCCUCCUCCUCCUCCUCGUCCGCCGCCAGCACGCCGUCCCCCGGCACCGAGCGGCCCGCGCCGCCCCAGCCGGAGCCUCGCAGGAGAGUGUCUUCCUCCGGCUCGGCGGAUGAGACCCUUUUUGCUCUUCCUGCUACAUCUGAGCCUCUGAUGCACUCCUCUGCAGAAAAAGUUGUGGACUUGCAGGAGCAGCCAGGUAGCGCUAAGUCACUUGGUCAAGAGGAUUUUACUGCAGUCCCGCUUGAUACUGCUGCUUCUCUUCUCUCCUUCUCACCUCUCUCAGCUGAUCCCUUUAAAGAGCACGCAGCCUUUGAUUCAGUCUCAGAUGCAUUACCUGCUAGAGGCAUUUACAAAGAAAGUGCAAGUGAGGUUUGUAAAGAAGCAAUGGAAAAUGUAAGAAAUCCAUUCCUUGCAGAGGGAAAUAAGAGAGACAUUUCCGAGAUGAAAUACUCAGAAAUGGAACCCUCAUUUACUAAAGCAGAAGCAGCCACUAUAUUUCAAGCUGAAGAAAUGCAGCUAGAGGGCCCUAAAGAAUUAUGUGAUCUGGAGAAAAUGCCUGCACAGCCGCUGAUUAUGUCUCCAGAAACUCCUGAAGAUUUGUUUGAGAAGAAUGAGGAAGAUAUCUUUUCUAGCAAGGACAAAGGUAGAGAUGGUGAUUCUGGGGACAAAAAGGCAUUGAAAGAAGAUGCUAUUCGAAGGGAAGAGUAUGUAGACUUCAAACAGUAUGAGCCAGUAUGGGAAGUAGAAGGUGCUGGUCAUGGACUGAGCGGCUUGAGAGAGGACAUUGAAAGUAAUAUAGAUGCCAAACUGGAAACCAGUUUAGAUGAAAAAUAUGGUGAGGAUAAGCUGUCGGUGCUGAAGGAUUAUGAAAGAGACAGUGAAGGCAGUGCUGAAGAUCUGUCUUUCCCGAAUUCCCCAGAAGCUGUAAAAGAACCUUCACAGAAUUACAUCACCUGUACUAAAUUUGAAUCCUCUGUAACUCCUGAUGGUAGCAAAGUCAAAUCUAUUUGCCCAAUAGAGGAAGACACUUCAGAAAAUAGAACUGAUGAUGAGAAAAAAAUUGCAGAAAUGAAAGCUCAGAACACAGAACAAGGUGAUUUUAGCUCUCAAGCAAUUGGCAAGCAGGAAGGCCUGGAAGCUGAUGAUGCUAAAACAGGUAGCAUAUCAACACUGUUAUCUGACACUGCAGCAAGUAUGCCUGAAGGUCUCACUCCUGAUCUAGUACAAGAAGCAUAUGAAAGUGAAAUGCACGAUGCAGCAUGUACAAAACUUGCUUAUGAAACAAAGAUUGAUUUGGUUCAAACCUCCGAGUCGGUGCAAGAGACUCUGAAACCUGUGACACAGCUCUGCCCCUCAUUUGAAGAUUCAGAAGCUGCUCCAUCACCAGUGCUGCCUGAUAUUGUCAUGGAAGCCCCACUGAGCAGUGGGACUGCUGGUGCAGAAGCUUCUACUGUGCAGCUUGAAACUUCUCAAUUAGGAACAUUUGUUACUACUGCUAGUUAUGAGAAUGUAAAAAAAGAGGCUGAGAAACCUCCAUUAUACCAAGAGGCAGUGAAUAUGCCUUUGACACAGGCCCAAGAAGCAAAAGAGGAAUUGACACUUAAAAAGGCUGAUCGUGAGAGCAGCACCAGUCCUGAAGAUCUAGAGACUCCAUAUAUAUCUAUUGCAUGUGACCUAAUUAAGGAAACAAAGGUCUCUGGUGAAUCUGCUUCUCCAUCCCUAACAGAUUAUUCCACAACUCCAAUAACAGAACAUCUUUCUCAGGAUGUGUCUGAACACAAGGAACUUGCUGAAAAACUGUCUCCGCAGUUUGGAAAAUGUGACUUGUUUAGUCGCCAGGUGAUGCCUGACUUCCCUGGGAAAGAAAGUGAAGAUCAGACUCUCAUCUUAAAUGGUAAAUCAGUUGAGAAUAUUGAAACUGAUGAGGAACAGGAACGACUGGUAGAUUCAUUGGCUGCUACUGGCAAGCCCUAUUUGGAGUCUUUCCAAGAUGAACUAGACUCCUCCAAAAUUGUUACCACUCAGCCAUCUGAGCCCACACCUGCAAAAAUAGCCAAGGCAGAGAAGAUUCCACUUCAGAUGGAAGAGCUGAAUGCUCUGGCUUAUUCAACUGAUGUAUCUGUUGCUACGGAACCAAAACCAGGAGACAGCAAAGGUCUCUCACCGUCUUCUCCCGUCUCAGUAGAAGAUGACUUUGUGAUGUUAGUUGAUCCUAAAACUGGUACUGAGUUUGUGGCAGAAGUCACCGACAGAGAAACAGUGCACAAAAAUGAAAGCAAAGAUAUCAGUAAUGAGAUCAGAGAUGAGAAGAGGCAGGCGCCUCUCACAGAGCUACCCUGUGAUCUGUCCGUAAGGAAUGUAGAAGUGAAAACUGAAGAUGAUGCUCAUGCCUUGAAAAAGUCCUUGCAGGCUAUAGACAGAGAAGUGCCUGAAGUAUCUAUGGUGUCCUUACCAGCCACAGGUACCUCACCUUCAUCUACUGAAAAGGAAAUAGUCAGUGUAGGAAAGCCAGAAGCUUUUGAGAAGGAAGCUGAGAGAGGAGCUGCUUCUGCUAAAGAAAAGGAAAAACCUACUGCAGUCUUUUCAGCAAAGCUGAAUGUAUCUUCAGUUGUUGACCUCCUUUACUGGCGAGACAUUAAGAAGACAGGAGUGGUGUUUGGUGCCAGCUUGUUCCUGCUGCUCUCAUUAACAGUGUUCAGCAUCGUGAGCGUGACAGCUUACAUUGCCUUGGCCCUGCUUUCUGUGACCAUCAGCUUUAGGAUAUACAAGGGAGUUAUCCAGGCAAUCCAAAAGUCCGAUGAAGGCCAUCCAUUUAGGGCUUACUUGGAGUCUGAUGUAGCUGUGUCUGAAGAGCUGAUUCAGAAAUACAGCAGUGUUGUGCUUGGUCACAUCAACGGCACAGUCAAGGAGCUGAGACGCCUCUUCCUCGUUGAUGACUUGGUUGAUUCUCUGAAGUUUGCAGUGUUGAUGUGGGUGUUCACUUACGUUGGUGCCUUGUUUAAUGGUCUGACAUUACUGAUACUGGCUUUGAUUUCGCUGUUCAGUGUUCCUGUUAUUUAUGAGAGACAUCAGGCCCAGAUCGACCAUUAUUUGGGACUAGUGAACAAGAACGUCAAAGAUGCGAUGGCAAAGAUCCAAGCAAAGAUCCCUGGGCUGAAGCGCAAAACUGAGUAAAAAGCGUGAAGCAACUUAUCGAUAGGAAGUCCAACUUUUAAGGGGGAAAAUACUCAUUUGGAUUUACAUGGGGAGGGUCAGGGAAUAGCAAAACCCUUGACAUUGCAGUGCAAUUUCACAGAUCUUUAUUUUUUAGUAACGCAGUGUUUGAGGAAAAAUAACUGUUUUGACUGCCAUGUGUUUCAUCAUCUUAAGUAUUGUAAGCUGCUAUGUAUGGAUUUAAAACUAAUCAUCUUUCUUUAUCCUGUGUGCAGCACUGGCUAAUACAAAAGAUUUGAGAAAGCUGUACAUUUUGCUUAUCAGAGGUAGGCGCUGCUGCGUUCCAGAAGAGGUAGUGCAGGUGAAGCAGAGGAGAACACUUCCCAGUUUGUGCACUGUGUAUGGUCUGUGUAGACUGAUGCAGAUUUUCUAAAAUGAGAUGUUUUAGAAGAAUAUACCAUUUUAGCAAGUUUUGAAAAAUCUUGCCUUUUUGGUAUGAGUAUAGCUGUAUUGUGAUUUUAUUGUUUUAUCAAUUGCCUGUGUGUGUGUGUAUAUAUAUAUACAUAUAUAUGCGUGUGUGUGUGUGUAUAUGUAUAUAUAUAUACAUAUAUAUGUGUGUAUAUGUAUGUAUAUGUGUAUAUAUAUAUACAUGUAUACAUAUGUAUACAUAUAUGUAUGUAUAUAUAUAUAUGUGUGUGUGUGUGUGUGUGUGUGUGUGUUUCACAAAGCUUAGAUCUUUCAGCUGCUCCACAGUGCUUUGUACAUCAGAGAAUUGACUGAUUCUGGACUAGCUCCAUAGCACACAAGCUUGAGAAACUAAAACGUCUCUAUAAACACUAGCAUCUGUUUAAAAGAAGUAAAAAAAAAAAAAAAAAAAAAAAGUAAUGAACAAAGGAACCUCCACAUAAAUCGACAGCAUACACUUGGUUGCGCAAACGUACAGUAGUUAAUUUUGAGCAAAUAAUUCUACAGUAUCUCAAACUCUGAACGCGUGGACUGAAUAUCUAAUGCUGCAAAUGUUGUUUGGGAACUUAAAACCUUGUUAUGCAAGAAAUGCUAAAUGAAAAUAUAAACACUUGCAGUUUAAGCUGUAUUGAACUAAGUCUGUGGAAUGCAUUGUGAAAUGUAAAAACAAACAAAAAAAAAAAAAACAAGAAAAAAAGCAAAAAGCAAAAAAAAAAAGGCAAGAAAAAAUCCUCAAACAAAAAAACCCAAGUAUCAAUAAAGCUUAUAGACUUAAAAUAAUACCGGUAUUUUGCUUUCUUGAGGUAAGUUUAAUAUCUUUGUGUUUAUUUUAAAGUUGCUUGUGAUUGUACAUGGUGGUAGAAAUAGUUUGUCAGAUUUCUAGCAGUGUGACUAGGUGGAGUUUUCAUGGUACCUUUUCUUUCCGUCUGUGCAGCAUGAAGCAGUUUGCUCAGCUCCAGCUGUGAUCAUACAGAGCAGCAGGAGGCCAUGCGUUGUUACCCCCAGUUGGUGCUGAGCUGUCACUGAAACUUAGGGAGGUGAAAUGUGAGUCUGCUAAAAAAGUUCAGGGUCCUUGGCUGCUUGUACUGCGGGAGAGAGAAUGCAGCCAGGUACUUGUCUAAGGGGAAUUGUGUACUUGUGUAAAGCAAGUCAGCCCAGCACUUUUUCAGAUGUUCUUUUUGCAUCUGAGUUAGAGAGCUGGACAUUGAAAACUGGUAUCCAAAUUUAUUAGAGACACAGAUGUUUAAUGAAUGACAUUUUGACCAUUGAAAAAUAAAUUCAUGCACUAAUAUAUUAAUUUACAAUAUAAUACACUGUCACUUUGAACAUUUUACAGAUAAAGCCAAACGAUAUAAACAUACAUAGAAAUUUAUAAGUGCUUUCCUGACAGAGGCUAUUGCUGUAAGGUAUUGGUAAUGUUGCCGUUGAUAGCUCCUGCUGCUGCACAGCUGCUUUUGGUCAGGAUACAAUCAGUGUGAAAGGCAAACAUGACAACACAGGCCAAGGAGGUGCUCACUGACAUCACCACCACUGGGAUUACAUGAUUUUAUCAAGAAGGAUUCUUUAAAAAAAAAAAAAAAAAAAAGAGGCUGCAUAGGGACUCUUAUUGUGUAUCUGACAAACUGAAGUUCUGUAUAGUAAUAUAAGGCAUUAAUAAAUUCAGUUUUAAAAAAAGCUGAUUCUUGGAGGUUGCUGAAGCACUUUUGUGUGUUAAAUAUACAUAGAUGUAAAUAUACAUACUCCUUGAAUGGGAUAGCAGUUUGUUUCAGUGGUCAGCAUUACAGUAUUCUGAGUCUCACAACUGCUGCUGUCUGAGCUUGGUGUGGGAACCCAGAGUGGCACAGCAGGACAGUUCCACAGCUCAGCAUUUCAUGGAGCUGAACUGGGACUAAAGCACUGUGUAACAUCUCAGACACUAACUGUAAGUCAGAAUGUUCUCUUUUGGCCUUUAUUUCUUUAGAUUAAAAACAAUCUUUCUAAAAGAAAAAAGUCAUUCCCAUGUCAUAGAAUGGCCUGUUGCACAGUACCACAAUGCUCAUCUAGUUUCAACCCCACUGCUAUGUGCCAAGUCGCCAACCACCAGACCAGGCUGCCCAAAGCCACACGCAGCCUAUCCUUAAAUGCCCCCAGGGAUGGGGCAUCCAUAACCUCCUUGAAUGUCAGAACUCUCCAGAAUAAUUUCAUAAUGCCUAUUUUCUGUUCCUUUUUGAAGUUUCACUUGCAGAAGUUGUUGAACUUAAUUACUUUCUUUUCUUUCUCCAAUUCCCUUGCCUCUUGAUUUCUAGUUUUGCAAAAAUGUUCAUUAACAAUUGCUGAACAUGUCUGCUUGUUCUCUGUGAGCAUCUGCUCCUCGUCUCCACUUUCACAUGGAAGCACCUCUCAUUUCCUUCCCAUAGCCUUUGCCCACCUGUCUGUGGUUGCACAGCCCAGGCUGCUGCAGAGGGUGCAGUAGAAGCAAUGACAGGGAGAGGAGUUCAAACUGAGCACAGAUGAUGCUUUUCUCAAGGGCAGGAACACUUUCUUGGGUACCAGAAUGAUGGUGUGUUUUCUGAGACCAAAUAGCAUGGGGCUGGCUGCCCACUGAAGGGCCCUGGCCUGCAGUGUACAGGGGGUUGCUGAGCAUGGCAGAGUGGCAUUGAUUCCUGAUGGCUUUCAGUGUACUUGUCAUAGAUUUGAUGGUCACUGCCUGGGCCAGUGUUUAAUUAAAUAUGAAGCAUGUUUUCCUGGAACCAGGAAAACUGCAGGAACACUCAGGGAACCUCCUUAUUUGUGUUUAAAACUUUUCUUUUUGCCCCCUCCAGGCCCCACUUUAGGUUCGGCUGCAAGUUCAUGCUGGUAGAUUGGCUGUAGCAAGAACCAAUUGUGAACAGCAUGGCAGGAAACAUUGUGCCCCCAGGUUGGCCUUACAGCUUGUUUAGGUUCCUGCUCACAGAACCAUUUUGGAAUCUGUUUUUUGAAGGUAUGAAAAACCAAAGCACAACACAGGGAUAACAUAAGCACACCUCCAGAAGGGUGUGAGUGGGUAGCCCUCCUCUGUGUGGAAAUUUAGCACCAUAUGUUGAAAGCAGAGUGGUGGGAGGCAAGAUUGUAGGCCACACUACAAUAAAUAUUGUUCAAAGGCA